ACUCCAAAUUUCCAAUUUCACCAUCCAAUUUUCCAACUAACAAAGUAAACCACAGAUUGGCGGAGUCUACAACGUGUCAAUGUCGUUUUUGCCCUUGUUCUUAACGAACUCUGAAAACACCCACAGAACUAGACAAAAACAAACCAACCAACCACUCAAUAAAGCCAAAAAAUCUAACACAGGCACGGCAUACAGUCAAACACAAUAGUGCUCUUUGUCUUCCUGUCCUAACUCGCCCUUCUUACAUUCUCUUCACGUCAAUCACGUCACUCCGCCAUGUCAAACGGUUUCGUCGCGGUGAAAAACGACGAACCUGGCCGUUUUGUCUCCCUUUACAGUGAACUCCAAAUUAGGAGAUUAAACGUCUCUCUACCUCUCCCGACAGUUCUCAAAAACUCCUUCCACAUUGUCGACGGCCCCCCUAGCUCCGCCGCUGGGAACCCCGAAGAGAUAUCGAAGUUGUUUCCAAACAUGUUUGGACAGCCAUCAGCAAAGGUGGUGAAAGGUGAUCCCACUAAGGGGAGUGGCUUGGAGAGUAAGAGUUUGAAGAUUGGAGUUGUUUUGUCAGGAGGGCAGGCGCCUGGUGGCCACAAUGUGAUAUGCGGGAUUUUUGAUUAUUUGCAGGAACGAGUCAACGGAAGCAAGCUUUACGGGUUUAAGGGUGGUCCAGCAGGGAUCAUGAAGUGCAAAUAUGUUGAGCUGUCUACUGAGUUUAUCUACCCAUAUAGAAACCAGGGUGGCUUUGAUAUGAUUUGUAGCGGCAGAGACAAAAUUGAAACUCCAGAACAGUUUAAGCAAGCUGAAGAAACGGCAGUGAAGCUUGAUUUGGAUGGACUAGUUGUCAUUGGCGGGGAUGACUCAAACACAAACGCUUGUCUCCUUGCUGAAAAUUUCAGGGGUAAAAAGAUGAAGACACGGGUUAUUGGAUGCCCAAAGACCAUUGAUGGUGAUUUAAAAUGCAAAGAGGUUCCCAUAAGUUUUGGAUUUGACACUGCAUGCAGGAUAUAUGCUGAAAUUAUUGGAAAUGUGAUGGUAGAUGCUCGUUCUACCGGCAAAUACUAUCACUUUGUCAGGCUUAUGGGCCGUGCAGCUUCUCAUAUAACAUUGGAGUGUGCUUUGCAAACUCAUCCAAAUAUUACCAUUAUCGGGGAAGAGGUUGCUGCCAAGAAUCAAACAUUGAAGAAUGUUACAGAUUAUAUUACUGAUAUAAUCUGUAAACGUGCAAAGCUUGGUUAUAACUAUGGCGUUAUACUUAUACCUGAAGGCCUGAUUGACUUCAUCCCUGAGGUACAACAACUUAUCGCAGAGCUAAAUGAAAUCUUAGCUCAUGACGCUGUCGAUAAAGCUGGGAUGUGGAAAAAAAAACUUCAAAGUCAAUCCCGGGAGCUAUUAGAGUUGCUACCUAAAGCUAUUCAGGAGCAACUAAUGCUUGAAAGAGAUCCACACGGGAAUGUGCAGGUUGCCAAGAUAGAAACAGAAAAAAUGCUAAUCGAAAUGGUGGAAACUGAAUUGGAAAAAAGGAAGCAGGGUGGUGCAUAUAAAGGGGAGUUCCAAGGACGGUCCCACUUCUUUGGUUAUGAAGGUAGAUGUGGCUUCCCAACAAACUUUGAUGCAAACUACUGCUAUGCAUUGGGAUAUGCUGCUGGAGCCCUCCUCCAUUCCGGAAAGACUGGAUUGAUUUCAUCGGUGGGAAAUCUGGGUGCUCGAGUUGAAGAUUGGACGGUUGGAGGAACAGCAUUGACUUCAUUAAUGGAUGUAGAGAGGAGACAUGGGAAGUUCAAGCCUGUGAUUAAGAAGGCAACGGUGGAACUCGAAGGUGCACCAUUCAAGAAAUUUGCAUCUUUGCGGGAUGAAUGGGCCCUCAAGAAUCGAUAUGUCAGUCCAGGUCCAAUUCAAUUUGUUGGGUCGACAGCGGAUGAUCUCAAUCAUACUCUGCGGCUGGAACUUGGAGCACAAGCGUAGGACACAAGUUGUGGUUGAUAUUCGGUCGCAAUAUAUCCCAAUUUACAUGAAGCAUACAGUUAAUUACUAUAUGUAACACUCAGCAAAGUCUAAAAUUUUGCUUCCCCAGAACAAAAAAGAUGUCAAGGAAAUAAGGAUGGUGGGAGUGAAACCUUAGUAUAUAUUACUAAAAAUCUGUUGGAUUGUAAUUUAUUAGAGGAUCAAACAUUUUAUCUCUGUAAUCAACUGAGAAAUUUCAUUCCAUUUAUUGGACACACAGA